UCGAGCUCGUGCUGGCGACUCGUCGCGCGUUUUAUCAGUCGACGCGAGUCGGAGCGAGCUGCGGUGUCCCAGAUUUUCAGUCGCACGUAUACGCGACGGUGCAUAGCACGCAGCCGGUUGUCGAUCGUUCGCCGAUCCUAGAUCGGUCCAUCCUUAGAACGGUUUCGCGGUUGAACGGGCGCGGAUCGAUCGAUCGGUAGUUGCAUCUACGGUUACGUUUCCGGAUACUCGGAAUCGACAGAGUGGUCCGGCCACAGUCGCGUUCGUAUCGAGAUCGCGCUCGCGCUUCGAAACACUCAUCUUCGGAGCAAGAGUUAAUAAUUUGGUGAACGUGUGUUUGUCAGUGAUGUGGAUCGCCGAACGAGUGGCAACUGCCAAGGAUCACGGUGACACGAACAAGGCCGAUUUGGAGCAAGUGAAAAUAGUGUUCUGAGGACAGACAGGAUCGAGAACCGCCAUGGAAGACGAGGACUUUGGUUUCACGAAGAGAUCUGACGGUGUCCUGAAGAACGUUAACGACGAGUUAAACGAUUCUAAAGAUGCGACGAAAAACGACGAGGGUAGCUAUUUGCAGAAGAAGACGGGGGAAACGGUUAGCGGGCAUAGAUCAGUGAUGACAGCGCCGUUAUUCGGGGCGACCGAGACCGGAAACGCCGUCCCUCAGCGGCCAGCGACCGCCUCUUCAUCCUCUCCGGCUUCCUCAGUCGUUUCCAACCCGCCGAACAUACCGAACGUGGUCGAGUAUCACCUGAAAGUGAAGCCCGGACAAACACAGAGAAUCUGUCCACUCGAUAACAGUACCAAAGGUCAAGAGCUGAACGAUAUGAAGAAGGACAAAAGUCUCGCUUCUUCCACCGACAAAAAGAAGGACCUCGUAUCAAAAUUGUCUCGUCUAUCCAUCGAUAACAAUGUCUUCGAGGGUUCGACGGAUCUUCCUCAGGUGUUCCAGGUGAAAUAUCUGGGCUCUCACGAUGCCAGGGGCCUCUGGGGCAUCAAGCACACGAGGAGGCCCGUCGAUAAUAUGGUUGCUGCCGCGAAAGCUUUACCGACCAACACCAUGCUUCCUCUGACCAAACUGGUCGUCUCUCAAGAAGGCGUUGCCCUGCUGCCUAUCGAGAAAAGGAAGCAAGACUCCAACUUUGCCAGGAUAUACGCCAUCGAAACGAUCUCGUACGGUGUUCAGGAUCUCGUCUACACGCGUGUCUUCUCCAUGAUCGUUGUACGCGAAACCGAGAAUUUCAGGAGAGUUUCGCCGUUCGAAUGUCACGCUUUCGUUUGCGAAUCGAAACAUCACGCGAGGCAGCUCACCUGCGCUUUAGCCACCGCUUUUGACAUUUAUUCGAGAACCGUGAAGGCGCAGAAUCAAAUGGCUGAGAUGGCAAGCAAGAACGCGAAGAAAAGGUUCGCCAUCGAUCUUAGAAGUCCCGAGGAGAUCGAAGCCGAUUUAGCCGUGGAUUCUGAGGCUUAAAUUAGGUUCUUCUCCCCGAUGAAAUCUUUACUCUCUCUAUUUUGCUGUUGCAAGACUGCUACGGCGAAUUGACGAGAACUAGUGUCAUGGAGGGGUGUAGGACAUCUGCUCGAUGGACGACACAGGGUACACGUUGUCGAAAAUAUUUAAUAUACGCAGAUCGCGUUAUAUCUAUAGAUACAGGGUGAUUCACGGGAGAAAUCGGAAAGAAGGCGAUUCUUCGGCGGAAGAAUCGAUCGGAGACGUAGAAUAAAACUUGUUCGUACUUGUGGCGCCUCAUUUUCGAGAGUAAAACGUAGAAUAUCGAAAGAAACGAUCGUGCGUGCUUUUUGGUUGCUCCACAAUUUCGGAAUCUUCCUAUACAAGUCCAUUUAAGAAAAACGUUUAUACGUUCUACGAACAAAAGAUCAGUGGCCUGAUCUUCUUCUAAGAAGAGUCUUAAAGACGCAAACGUUUAUAUCGUCGUUUAUUUUUGGUUUAAAGAGAGCUUGUAUCUGUAAGUGAAUUAUUUAAGUGCUAAGUAUUAUUUUUUUACUAUUGUUAUAAGAAUUAUAUUCGCGUAGUCGUAUUAGGAGGCCAGUGGCUAUCAGGUGUAGAUCAGAUCAGAGGUGUACAUACGUUGAUUUCGAUUAUCUUUCUUUCGACUGAAAUGUACUUGAAUCAGAGUUCCGAUACGCGCUUUAGGUUUCUCCUGACAAAUGUGAAAGUGUGUGUGGGCACGAAAGUUGACGUAAUUAUUGUGGUUAAUUAUUUUAUCGGAAUUUAUGAACGGAGGAAUAGGCACCGCCUAUCCACGAUAUAAUGGCUAGUUAUCCAAAGAUACAAAAUAGAAAAAGAGCCGAAGAUUUACCGAUUCGUUUCGGUGACUUUUGCCAUCUCGUAUCAUAUUAUCCGAAUUUAAAACAAAAAGAGAUUGGAUUUUUCUCUAGCCGCUUUGCACGUGUGCGUGUGUGUUUUUAGUUUCUUUUAUUUUUCUCGUACUUUCGUUAAUGUACAGUAACCGCGACGAAUACUAAUUCUUCUAUAUUAUGUAAUUUAUUUUCGACUUAUUUUAAGCCACGAGAGACCAAUAUCGAAACAUAUCAAUCGUUGUAAAUAAAUGUUUAACGGAAAUGUCGUCGUUAACGUUCUUUAGCUUCGUAAUGAUUACGUAAUAGUUUCGACGUCUUAUUUAGCCGUUAAGUUAAUCUUUGCUUUUCGUUGAUUAUUACCGCACCGUCGUAGUUUGUGUUUCUUUCUAGGCUUGGGACAUUUGUGUAACUCCUUUCCGCGCGUGAUUGCUUAAUUAUAAAUAUGAAAAUAGCAGUAUUAGUUACAUGUACUAUAUGCAAGCUAUAUGCAAUAAAUUUGUUGCAGACGCUUCAA